UGUGUUCAAUGUGAAUAAAGUUUUGAAAUAUUUUAAACGUGACAAACUGCUCAUGUAUUCAUACAGUCAUGUAUUCAUACACAGUGUUACCACGUGGCGAUCAUGUCGGGAAAAUCAGCGCGCGUACGGAGUAAGUUAACUUAAGGUAACAGCACCGAAACAACAAGUGCAACGGAAUGGGUUUGCGGUGUUUUGUUGUGCGAAAGCGGUGCUUUUGAUCUGAGACAAUUACAUUUAAUCAGGAUUUCAUCGAAACAACGGUUUGGAAUGAUGAGGACACAGGAGUAGAUGAUCGGUGGGUAUCCUACAGAAUUUCAGCCGAGCAGUACAUAAUUCAAGAUGUCAGAGUUGAGCGCAAAACACAAAGCGUUGAAUGUCCUGAGAGUGCUGUCAGCAGGGAGGGGACAUCGUCUAGCCCAAACAUCACCAAGCCCUGACCUAACCGGUUCCCAAGAGGUUUUGGCAGUGAAGUACCGAGAGUUAGCGACAAUACUUGCUACACAACAUGUUGAGCAUCAAACAGUAUCUCGUCUCCCUCUCUUGACCUGGUGUCCAGAAGUGCUGGAUGCAUUCCACCAAGGAGACAGCGUAUCCAUGACAGCCAAGUCAGGCCGAUAAGGAGGAGAUACAGAAAACCCACAGUUCCUAAGGAUGGCCAAACCCCUAAAGUUGUUGAGCUUAACAGCUCAAAUACAGAGAGAAAAGAUGCUUCUGAAUUACAUUUAAACUCAGAGCAUCUGUCUACAUCAUCAUCAAAUAAGAAAAAAAAUGUUUCAUUCUGUGAUGUUAAGUUAGUGAGAGGCAUUGAUGAUGGUUCAUCAUCCAGCACAGACAUGUCAGAUACUGAGUUGAUACGGAGAAUCCUGCAAAGCCCACGUAAAGUAUUAGUGAAUAAACAUCCAAUCCAUUCUAUGAGAGCAACCUCACAUGCAGCGUCUCCAAAUAAGCAAACCAGAAAACAUAAAAAAAAACUUUGCAAGGUGAAAAACACUCCAAAAGAAACUUCUAACCAGAGCAAAAGAAGUAGCAGUCUAGGGUCACCCACCAUGACAAUGACUCCAAGAGAAAAAAAAGAGUUUCAUCCAACCGAUAACAAACUGAGCAGCUCUAACAAUCCAGACGUACUGUGUUGGCUGAAGGAGAAGAACAAACUGAUCAGGAAGCAGAAACGCAUGGAGAGAAAGAAAGAACGACAGGAGAAAGCAGCAGAGCAGAAAGUGAUGGAGGAGAAACAAAAGAGACUUGCUGAGUCUGAGGAUAAAUUCAACCAGUGGAUGAAGCACAAGAAAGAUGAAUCCCAGAGGAGACAACAGAUUGAGAAAAAGGUCUGGAAAAAUGCUGCAAAGAGGGGAACAUCAGAAUGGACAGAGGUCAGUGAAGGAAAGACAGACCAUUCCCCUGCAAAGCACAGAGGAACAAGAUUUGAAAGACAAAUCAAGAAACGGACAACAAACUCAAGAAAGGAAAUCAAAAUACACAAAUCUGUCUCCAGUCCUAAGGAAAGUGUCGCUGAUAAUCAGAGACACUCUGAUGAAGAAGCAAGGCACCGAGUUGUACAAAAUUUGGAAGCAGAGAGGCUCCAAGCAGAAGAGAAGAGGCAGAAGAAAGAGGCAGAGAAACGAAGGAGGCGGCUUUUCAGAGAAGCCCAACAUGGAAGCACUAAUAAUUCAGAUUCAAAGUCUGGCACUGAUGAAAAAUCAAAUGACAAGACAUCAUCAGCUGCGAAGCCCACACCUGACACGAAUAAUCAACCAUCUGCCUGUACUACUGCUAGCAUUCGCAAGACUAUGCCCUCUUCGAAUCCAUUCAAAGGCUUAACGUAUGACGAGUGGCUCAAACAGAAACAAGCUGAUCAACGUCGGCAAGCCAAAGAAGCUAAGACACAAGAAGGUGGCGAUCCUGAACUUGAUGACUUCAUUCCUCAGCUUGCCCGGCGACGCAUUGAACAAAUCAAAGCCCGGGCUACCCGUGUUGAUUCUGGUCUUCGAAGAUCACAGAAUUCUUCAGAUGCUGACAAAACAGACAAGUCGAGGACACCGAAUGGGGUGCGACCUUACACAUGGACAACAACUUCCUCUACCCCCAGUGAUAAACACCACAAAAUCUCAAGACCAAGUCCUCCAAAGAACAGGAAAUCUACAAGAACAACUAAGUCAUCUACAGCCAUGCCAGAUGUCAUCAGCUUUGAACGACCGGAACCACAAGGCUGUGAGAGAACAGAAGAGAUUACAUGCCAAAGUCCCAAACCUGAACAAUCAAAAGAUGCAAACCUGAACAAAGAGCCAAUUCUUAACAAAUUCAAGGACCUUGCAGUCAAUGAGAACAAUCAAAGUAGAAAUGAACAACUGAUGAGUAAUAUGCAGGCUUCAAAAGAAGACACAAUUUUUAUGACUGAGCCCCAAACAUUCAAGGAAGUGACUUAACAGAAAACUUUUAAAUCUGCUUGUACAGAUCUCAGAAUUAUUUUAACCAUUUACUAAAAUUAUCAAUGUUUGUAGCUGUGAUCACACAUCAGUUAAAGGCAGAAUUUUCCUCAAAAAGACUUAUUAAAGUGAUGUAAAGCUGGACAAAGACUGUCCACUUUUGUAAAAAAAGGCUUUUUUCAUGUCUGUGAAAUCUAAACUCUAAAAGUACCAAAGAAGCAUGAAGUGCAAAUGAAUGUAGACUUCUGUGAAUUGUAAGAAGUAUAGUGAAAAAAUCACUUAAUUUUAUGGAAGUGAGCUACAUGUACAUAAAAUAUUGCAAAAUGCUGAUCUUUCAGAUGUGAGCUUUUUUUUUAGCAGAAACAUAUUCCAUUUCCUUGGUAAAAAGCUACCCCUGCAGCACAAGUUUUGGUAAAUGUGUGUUAAGCGCAAUCUUGAACCUUGCAUAAAUUUAUUGUACUGGAUUCUGAGUUGGUUUUCCUUUGAAUAACAUUUAUUCAUAGGAUAAUCGACUCAGAAGGGAAUACAAUAAAUAUACACAAGUUUAAGCUUAACAUACUCAGGUA